GUCCUGGCACAAAACAACGCAAUCCUUGUCUUUGGGUUAAAGUGUGCAGUGAUUAAAAACUCAGCUUUCUCAUUUCUGCUAAACUGAAACGGUAGAAAAGGAGCCGUGAGGGAAACUUCUCGGUCUUCAGUCGGUUGUAUGUGUGUGAGAGUGUGUGUGUAAAUGAGAUGGACAACAUGUCCAGCGGUGUCGCUCUUCAAAAGCAAAUCGCAUCGAUCAUGGACGAGCUCGCGAAAGCCGCGGUGGCUGAGAUCAGUAAAGUGGUGGACGACGGCGUGGUGAUGCUGCGCCUAGAGAUCUGCGAGCGCGAGCACGAGAUCGACUCGCUGAAGCGGAAUCUGCAGAUGGUGUCCGAGGAGCUGCGCGAGACCCGGCGCGCGCUCGUCCGCCAGUGUGUGAAUGCCGCGCGCCCCAGACAGCCGCUCCGAGGUGCCAAAGAAAAUGAUGAAAAAGAGGAUGAAAGGGAACCUGGACUCCAGGACACGGAUAGGCCGAGUGACAACGCACCAGCAUCCAGAGUGGUCGUGAAGAUUGAAAGUGUGGAAGAUGAGCCGGCAGUGGAAGAUGGAAGCCAGUGCACGGGAAAAGAGCCUGACUUAAACUCCAGUUCUGCUGAUGAUGACCAACUGGCCCAAGUGUGGCCAUCAGAAAACAACACCGAGAAGCAAGAUCCUCAUUUCUAUUCUCAACACAGGUUAGAUCAAAGUUCGAAGGUUGAGCAGAAUUACGACUCAUCCGGAGACAGAGCUGAGACACAGGGCCUGAGUGGAGAAGAGGAGCUGUCCGUGGAUAGCCUGCAUGCAACUACCGAUGAAAUUUUGAGAACGCAGCAACACUCUCACACACACAACACGCUCGUGCACCCACCUCCUGAUGGUCAGGGUGAUUUCGGUACGUUCGCACUGAGCAUAGCUUCCAGAGGGAGGCCGAUGGUUGGAGCGUCUUUACAGAAGAGACGAUUCGCCUGCGCCUUUUGCAGCAAGAGCUUCGAUCGUCUCAGUCACCUUGAUAGACAUCAGCGUAUACACACGGGAGAAAAACCAUUCAGCUGUAUCUUAUGUGGCCGGUGCUUCACCCAGAAAAGCAGCUUAAAAAGCCACCUAAAGACCCACCGAGGAUUCACUGGCGAUUUAGAUGCGGCAUCUUUGUUGCCGAGUGAAAACAAUCCCUUCAGUGAUGAGUGGAACAUGGCGACUCACUGUGAAGACCAGAUCUCUCACAACUUUGACCAAAACACAGAAGAACCAAAUACACAUUCGUCCUACCUGAGCCAAGAAGGAGCUCAGUUCAUAAACCCAGAUGAAGAGAGCAUACACCAAGCGUACGGAGAUCAGAAGAUUAGACACUUCCCUGAAGGACAAAAUAAGAAGGCAGCUGCUUUUCCUGAGCUGUAUGAGAAAAACAGUCUGGAGGAGGAGGAAGAUGAGGAUCAGGUGUUAGCCGAUUGUGGGCUGGACGAGCCUAGGCACUCUGAAUCCGAGAGUGUCCUGGAUGAGGAAGAUCCCUCCAUGAAUGCGGCAAGUUUUGGAAAAGACUCGAUGGAGUCUGAUGACGUCAGCAUGUCCGACCAAACCGCAGCUCAAAAGCAGCGACGGUUAGAAUCUACCUCGACAGUUCUACACACGUGGGGGGGCUCUGAGGCCAAAAGUGUUGCUGUGAACCAAAUUCAUGUGAAAAGGGAGGAAGAGAAUGUGUCCCGUUUAGAGAGAGAAGAGUCCAAUCCGAAUCCAGACGUGUCCUGUGAUCUGAACAUAGCGUCCCCUUUGGAUCAGGACUCUCUCAGGACCACAGAGACUUCAUCGGUGGCUGAUUUUCCGUACAACGCGUUACCUCGGAGGCGGCGUAUUUUGAACGGACGUGAGAGAAGGUUCCUGUGCGUUCUCUGCGGUAAAAGCUUCGACCGCCUGAGCCACCUGGACCGGCAUCAGCGCGUGCAUACGGGAGAGAAGCCCUACAGCUGCGGGACAUGCGGCAGGAGCUUCACGCAGAAAAGCAGCCUGAAGGGUCAUAUGCGGACGCACACUGGCGAACGUGGCUUCAGCUGCACUCUUUGUGGCAUGAGUUUCCCUACACGAGCCAGUCGCUACCGGCACCACUGUAACUAACAGCUAAUCGCGUUAAACCUGCCUGUACGAACUAAACAGUGCAGACUUUGCUGGGAAAAUAAAUAAGCUCUUUAAAAGAUCUUACGUAUUUAUGUAGACACGGUAGUUAUUACAGUGAAUUACUGUACAUUUCUGAUAUGAAUUGGGUGCAAACCAUCGACCCUGCAUUCAAGGGUUAUACAGUAUUUCUAUUUUUGUUUUCAAACGCUACAUCAUGGAUAUUGCUUUUAAAGUUUAUAUCUACUUAAAAUGACACAUUUCAACAUUUACAGCAGGGACCAGUUUUAUGACAUUUCAUGUUCACUGUUAAUGUGAAAGGCUGGCAAUGCGAUACAAAUCCAGAAAGAAUCAGCUGCUUUCUGAUGCCAAUUAUUCCGCAGUUGUUACACUGGUGUAAAAAGCAUAAUUACAGACAACAGCGUCAGACUCCAAAACGUAUCAUUAUGAUCAACCGUCACAAACCUGCCUUAACUAAGUAUUUAUAAGCUCAACGUGCCCUGACUAGCCCUUAAAAAAAAACACUUAGUUCUUGCCAUGUAAUGGGAGAACAUGUAUGCAGUGGGAUGUUUGCUGUGUAAGCUGUAUCAAAUCCAAUAUCUGGAUCACAGGUAGAGAUCGGCUGGUAAUUUCAGGGCUUAAAAAUAUUGUUUUAAAGCAGCCUUGUUUUAUUUCCCAGAUAAACCUGGGAUACUGUUGAACAUCCAUUGACUUUGAUCUUGUGCUUUCUCUUUAUAAAAAACAUAAUAAUUAUGAACAUGUAACUGUAUUUAUCAGUAGAUCAGGCUACAGAAUGUGUACUGGUCCUUUUCAUUAAACGUGCUGUCAGAUUGUCGCAGCGAAACCCAUUUGACGCCUUCAUUUCUUGGGGAAUUUAGUGCAGAGAAAGAUUUAGUCUAUUAGGAAUAGGAUUUAGUCUAUUAGGAAUAGGAUUUAGUCCAUUAGGAAUAGGAUUUAGUCUAUUAGGAAUAGGACUGGACAGAGAUACAACAUAUGCUCUUUUGUUAUUCUAAUAAUUUAAUUUCAUGGUGUGUAUUUUCCAUCACUGGAAAGAUGGCAACAUGCUAUGAGCCAUCGUUGAAGUGAGAACAAGUCUGGGCAUUAUUGUAAUUGUUUCCCUG